AUGGGUCUCGACUACAAAGUAUUCACCAGCAGACGUUCUGGCGUGAAUCGGUCCACCCCAGCCGGUCACGAUCAUCUCAAGUGGGUGCCGACCACUUCGACUUUGAUAUUCGGCCAAAAAGAUGCGGUGCUGGUCGAUACGCAGUUAACCACGGCUGCUGCCAAAGAGUUGGCAGACUGGGUAGUAGCCACUGGGAAAAACCUCACGACGAUCUAUGUCUCUCAUGCCCAUGCCGAUCAUUUUUAUGGUACCGGUGCCCUCCUCGAGAAAUUUCCAGAGGCAAAAGUUGUGGCUACGCCGGAGACUGUCUCUCAUCCCGGAAAAGCUCGUGAUGGCCACCCCCUGGAGCAAGACCACUUCAUGUUGGAAAACGAGCGAUUGGAAGUGGUCAGACUGGGCCAUACAGACACGGAUGAUACAACGGCUCUCUGGGUGCCUGCAAUCGGCUUGGUUGUUGCGGGCGACGCAGUCUACAACAACACCCACCCAUACCUUGGCGAGUCGAAAUCCCAAGAGGCCAGAUCGAGAUGGGUGGCAGCGCUCGGUAAGAUUGCGAUCCUUAAACCGACAAGUGUCGUUGGCGGUCACAGUGACCCAUCUAAGGGAUUCUCCCCCGAUGCCGUCCAAGCGACCAAGGAUUAUUUGGAUGACUUCGCGCGACUGGAUGGGCAAACAUCCACUCCCGAGGAAUUGUACUCCCAAAUGGUGGAAUUGCAUCCCACUCGAUUGAAUAUCGGCUCGCUAUGGGGAGGUGCAACGCUCGUGAAAAAAUGA